AUGGUAUUGCAUCUGAUCAAGCAUUAUUGUUACACUCGUUACAUUCAAGGAGUCAGGAUCAGGCCAGGUGGGGGAUCUGGACCUGUGCUGACACCCUUGGAGAAUGCAAGAACUGGGGAACAUCUGUUGCAGUGUGCCCCUCAACGCAGAUAUGGUAAGAAUCCAAUAGUCAGAAACCAGGACCCAGUUACAUGUAGUCCGAAACCCGCAUCUCUGAGCUCCCAGGUUCAUGCAGCAGCUGUCAAUGGAGAUAGAAGUGCCCUUGUCAAACUCAUCACGGCUGACCCUCUUCUAAGGGACCAUGAAGACCAGUUCGGGCGCACCCCUUUAAUGUACUGUGUCCUGGCUGACCGUCUGGACUGUGCAGAGAUUUUGCUGAAGGCCGGAGCCUCCGUCAAUAAGACAGACCACAGCCAGAGAGCUGCUCUGCACCUGGCCGCACAGAAGGGAAAUUUGCGAUUCCUGAAGCUGCUUCUGUCCAGACGUGCCAAUUGGCUGCAGAAGGACUUAGAAGGGAUGACCCCACUCCACCUGGCCACUCGACACCCCUCUCCCAAAGCUCUCGCCCUGCUCCUCAAACAUAUCGGACCAGGAGAGGUUGAUACACAGGACAAAAAUAAGCAAACUGCUCUCCACUGGUCAGCAUUUUAUAACCGACCAGAGCACGUCCGCCUUCUGAUCAAGCAUGAUUCCAACAUAGGCAUCCCAGACAGUGAGGGCAAGAUUCCUCUGCACUGGGCUGCGCACAGUCAGGAGGCCAGCGCCACGCAAACUGUCCGCUGCAUACUGGAAGCAGCUCCCACUGAGUCACUGUUGAACUGGCAGGACUAUGAGGGCCGGACGCCAUUGCACUUUGCGGUUGCUGAUGGUAACGAGGCAGUAGUGAAGGUGCUGACGUCUUACGAGGGCUGUAAUGUGACAGCUUAUGAUAACCUCUUCAGAACCCCUCUGCACUGGGCGGCUCUGCUGGGCCAUGCCAAAAUCGUGCACCUGCUGUUGGAACGAAACACGUCAGGCACAAUUCCCUCAGACAGCCAAGGAGCGACACCUCUACAUUACGGAGCUCAGAGCAACAAUGCUGAGACUGUCGGUGUGUUUCUGUCUCAUCACUCUGUAAAAGAUGAACCUGAUUUGGAGGGGCGAACGGCCUUCAUGUGGGCCGCUGGGAAGGGCAGUGAUGAUGUCAUUCGCACCAUGCUUAGCCUCACCCCUAACAUUGAUAUCAAUAUGGCUGACAAGUACGGCGGCACUGCGCUCCAUGCAGCCUCCUUGUCGGGUCAUGUGAGCACAGUCAAACUGCUGCUGGAGAAGGGAGCCAUGGUUGACUCUCUAGAUGUCAUGAAGCACACACCACUGUUUCGUGCCUGUGAAGUGGGAUACAGAGAUGUCAUACUUACACUCAUCAAAGGCUCUGCACGCGUGGACCUGGUUGAUGUAGACGGCCACACUGCCCUGCACUGGGCGGCCCUCGGUGGGAACGCUGAGGUCUGCCAGAUACUGAUGGAGAAUGGCAUUAGUCCCAACGUACAGGAUCAUGCAGGAAGAACUCCACUGCAGUGUGCUGCAUACGGGGGCUACAUCACCUGUAUGGCCGUUCUCAUGGAGAACAAUGCCGAUCCAAAUAUACAGGACAAAGAGGGGCGGACUGCUCUUCACUGGUCUUGUAACAACGGCUACUUGGAUGCUGUGAAACUGCUGCUGGGCUACAAUGCCUUCCCCAAUCAAAUGGAGCACACCGAGGAGAGGUACACCCCUCUGGACUAUGCGUUGCUUGGGGGGCACAGUGAGGUGACUCAGUUCAUGCUGGAGCAUGGAGCUCUGUCUAUAGCCGCCAUCCAGGACAUUGCUGCUGCCUCCAUUCAGGCUGUAUAUAAAGGCUACACGGUCCGCAAGGCCUUCAGGGAGAGAAAACAGCUCCUCAUGCGACACGAACAACUGCGCAAGGAUGCAGCCAAGAAGCGAGAAGAAGAGCAACGGAGAAGAGAGGCUAUACAGCAAAUUUCAGCGGCUCCUGCAGAGAAGCGAAGGGCUUCACUGGUGAGAGCAGAGCAAGAAAAGCCCUCCUUAGUGAACAUUAUAGAGAACUCAACCAUGAAUGAUUCAGUGGUGGAAGCAAGGAAACUUUCCAAAGCUGAACGUAAAAAGAACAAAGAAGAUAAACAAAAAGCCCAAAGGAGCAGGUUGUCUAGGGUCAAUUCAGCUGAGCGACCAGAGAUCCCUGCAGCUUCGAGUAAAAACUGUCACGUGAGCAGUGAUACUGCGCUUGAUGCUUCCCAUACAACAAGGCUGAAGGAACUUCUCUCUCCUUCCAGCUGCAAAGAGCCACCAAGCCAAAUACCCACACCUCCCACAGCACCCAAAGUCAGGGAAAAGUCCAUCUCAAACGCGUGUGCUCCCGUCACACCAAUGUCCACAACAGACCAAAAUGACCCCAGAACAAGAGAAGGAACCCCCCUGAAAAAGAGACACAGUCCCAUGACUGUACAGAGUGCCUCAAGCAAGACUGAUGACCACACCGCUCCACAAAAGCACAGAAUCCACAGGGAGCAGACUUCAGAGAAGGCCACUGUCAAAGAUCAAUCUCACGCUGUCUCAUUAAGAAGCAACUCAGCCUCAGAUCACAAAAGGCCCUCAAGGAAGCCCCAGACAGGCGCACACGCUGCUGUGUCAUCACGCACACAGAGGGAAUAUGACAAAGAGCUGCGCAAGAGGAGGAACGAGGCGGCACGGAUCAUCCAGCGAGCCUGGCACAGGUUCUGUGCACGGAGUGGUAGAGAAGUGAAGGCCCAUGCGGAGGUGGAGCCAUCUGAAUCAAACCACGCCAAUGAGAGGAGGAAAAUGGAAAACAGAGCUCAGCUUGUCAAGCCAGCACAGAGUAAAAGCUCUGUCCUGCAGAGCAUCUAUGGAAACUCAGUGGCCAGACGAGGGCGUUCAUUUCGGGGCUCCCAGUCUCAGCUGCUCAUGGAUAUUCCUCUACGCACCCUGAGCCAGGUGAGCGGUUUGGACUGCGUGCAGCUGACUGACACCAUGACUCAAGCCAAGCAGUAUUCGUAUCACCUGAGACCACAAAGUGCAGGGCAGGGAACAAGAGGCCGGGGGAAACACUGAGUGCACACACCAUGUACACACUCCUCAUAUUCUCUGAUGUUUUCUCAGCUGGCUGGCAAAGUUAUAGAAUUACUCUACACAAUGUUCACCCAAUCUGGCAGCGUUUCUAAAAUUAAGCCAUAUGACAUCAGAGCCAUGACCUCACUGGGUGGGGUUAACUCUUCUAAAAUGGCGUGUGUAAAAGAUAACCUUUGGUGCAUUGUGGUAGGAACGCACACACACUCCAUCUCCCUUGUUCUCCAUAGCUCUUGCACCACACACACCGAGAUAACCUUUCCUCCCGUUAUGGAGAAUGACGCAGUCCAUCAACAGCCGGUCAUACAGAUAGCCCACCUGCAGCCGCCGACAGACACACACACUCUGGAGUCUUAAUUUAAAGGGUGUUCCUUGUUAAAAGCAAUGCAUUUCUUAAAAAUGACUUUUCUUUCUUUUUUUUUAUCAUUGCACAAACAUAAGCCUUAUUGUAUUAUUAGAUUGAUUUAUACAUUAAAGUCUUUUUUUUUUUUUGUAUUUUUAAAGGAGAAUCAAAUAAAAAACUUUCUUUUAAAGCAGCACACCUGAUUUUCUUUUAAAUGUAAUGUUUAUUCUGUUUUUGUCUUUUUUCCACUUGAUUUUUUAAAAA